AUGAGCGCGUCCGCUGGCGUGCUGCCGUCGUACCAGCGCCUCGCGAACGGCGUACCGGUGCCGUUGUUCACGAGACGGUCCUUCCGUCCGCGCGAGAAAUACCUGAUCCUUCUGGUGUUCAUGACGUUCGGCGUCGUGUGCUUCGGCGCGUUCUUCUACCUGCCGGAUUUUCGUACCGGCGGCGCCGCCGUGAACAGUGUCUACCGGGUGUACCAGAGCAUGCAGAAAGCUGGACCGGAGCUGCUGCUGCCGGUGCCACCGCGCGCCUCCGGCGCCAAGGACUCGCGCUCGCCCGCGUUCGGACACCCGAACGCGGUGCCGCCGGGCCACGAGGGUAGCGAUCACCAGGACGUACACCUCGUCGAGGAUAAGCAGAAGCUGCAGGCAAAAAUCAACGAGGAAUAUCAACAACAAAAAACAUUAGAGAAACCGGACAUGGGUGAAUCGCGAGUGCAUACAAGUAGUUCCUCAUCAUUGAUAGUGCACAAGGAAGAAACGAUUUUGGUGACAGUGCCACCAGCGCCUGCGGAUAAGUUGCCAUUAAUCAUUGGCGGAGAAGAUAAGGACUACAUCGCCAGACAACGAAGGGACAAAGUGAAAGAGAUGAUGAAGCAUGGUUGGGACAACUACGUGCGGUACGCAUGGGGGAAAAACGAAUUAAGACCAAUCUCGAAGAGAGGUCACAGUGCCAGUAUUUUUGGGGCUUCGAAUAUGGGCGCAACUAUCGUCGAUGGACUUGACACUCUUUAUAUCAUGGGCCUCCACGAUGAAUUUAAGCAAGGGCGCGACUGGAUUGCCGAAAAUCUGAACUUCGACAUUAACUCCGAAAUAUCGUUGUUUGAGACGAAUAUUCGUUUCAUGGGAAGUCUGCUCGCCUGUUAUGCUCUCACGGGAGACGUGAUGUUCCGGGAUAAGGCGGCGCAGCUUGGUGAACGGAUGCUACCUGCCUUCCAGACGGAAACCGGAAUUCCUCAUUCCCUCAUCAACCUUCAUACCGGGGCCAGCAAGAAUUACGGUUGGGCAAGCAGCGGUUGCAGUAUUUUAUCCGAAAUCGGGACAAUGCAUCUUGAGUUUACCUACUUGAGCGAUAUAACGAAUAAUCCAGUGUUCAAGAGCAAAGUUGAAAACGUAAGGAAGGUCUUGAAGAGUCUAGACAAACCAAAGGGUCUAUAUCCGAAUUAUAUCCAUCCAAGAACAGGAAAAUGGGGUCAACAUCAUAUGUCGCUCGGUGGGCUCGGUGACAGUUUCUAUGAGUACCUACUGAAAGCUUGGAUCCAGUCAGGCAAGGAAGACGUCGAGGCACGUGAAAUGUACGACGACGCUAUAGCUGCUAUAACUCAGCAUAUGAUCAAAACAUCCCCUGGCAAACUGGUCUACGUGUCGGAUUUAAAAUACGACAGACUUGAGCAUAAAAUGGGUCACUUGGCUUGCUUCGCCGGCGGUAUGUUUGCUCUGGGCGCUAAAACUCUAGAAAACGAAUUGUCUGAUAAAUACAUGAACAUUGCUGCUGGAUUGACCAACACGUGUCAUGAAUCUUAUGACAGAAGUGCUACGAAACUCGGCCCCGAAGCUUUCCACUUUAUCGAAGGCAACGAGGCCAGAAGUUUAAAGAAUGGCGAAAAAUAUUACAUUUUACGACCUGAGACCUUCGAAUCCUACUUCGUAAUGUGGCGGUUAACAAAAGAUCCAAAAUAUCGCGAAUGGGGUUGGGAGGCGGUUCAAGCAUUGGAAAAACAUUGUCGGGUUCCCGGAGGAUUCACGGGACUUAACAAUGUUUACCUAGUCGACUCGGCGAAAGACGACGUCCAACAAAGUUACUUCUUUGCUGAGACAUUGAAGUAUCUUUAUUUGCUCUUCAGCGACGACGAUCUCAUAAGUCUGGACGACUGGGUAUUCAACUCCGAGGCUCAUGUGCUUCCUAUCAAGGGCAAUCCUCUGUAUCGCCCAGCUCCUUCUUUAUAAGCCAGACAAAUUCACGAUAUAUUGAACGAUACCGACAAUUCUCGUUUGGCAGUGAUGGAACCGAUAAAUAUAUAUACAUAUGUAUAUAUACAUAAUAUAUAUAAUAAUACGACGAUACACAGUGGAUCAAAAUUAUACAGAAGACUGAAGAAAUUUAUUUUGAA